UUCUUCUUCUUCUUCUUCUUCUUUUCUCCCCUCUCACGCCUUCCUUGUUUCCUCCUCUCAUAUAUGGCAAGUUAAAGUCAGCUUUCUAUCAUGAUGAGUCGCAAAACUGACUCGAAGAGACAGCAAUCUCCCCCUCGAACCCAAGCCUCCAAGAACCUUCCUCAACACUCCAGUCUACAGCACCCUCAAACAAACGAAAACGAAAUGACCCUCAGAAUAGCAGAAAAGGCCUCAACGACAAUCAAAUCCGAAUCCUCAAUGGCAGACGACAAGCUUCAUGGUCCCGCACCCGCAAACUCCUGGGACAUGAGGAUGACUAACAAGACGAGUGAAACCGACAAACUGCGUCAGAAGGUGGAUCAGAUGAACGAGAAGCUUGACAAGUUACUCAAGCAGAAUGAGGACUAUCACGCGACAAGUGAGUUGGGUGAAACUGAUCAGGACGAUACCUAUCAGGAAGGAAGUGGCUGGUCAGCGGAUCCGAAUGAUGAAGACUUGGGGCAUGCUGAAGAGAACGAUGGUUGUCAGAAUGGCAACUAUGAGCACUUGUGGAUCGGUGAGGAUGGAAUGCCGGAGCUGGAGAAUGCGAACGGUGAUUCAGGUGCCAGGCACAAGUGGACAGCUGAAAUGGAUUCGUGGGAGACGGGGCGUUUGCAUGACGAGUCAGGCCUCGGAGACGAGGUUGCGUUGACUGAAUACGAAGUCGAUAAACUACGCGGCAAGGUGAAGUUACUCCAGGUGAAGGUAGCUGAUUUGUUGUACGAGAAGAAUCAGCUAGCCAUGAAAGUCAUGGAGCUUGAAGGGGAAAGGGACAAUUCAAACCCAUCAAGGAAUUAUUUCCUCUCAAGCUACAAGUGGCAGAAGCUUGAUCGUGGCCUGAUCGAUGAAUGGGAACACCUUGCUCACGCAAACAUCGAAGUCCCGGGUGGGGACGUCUUGGCUGACAGCGAGCUGUAUAUCUCAGGUGAUCGGAAGGACUACGAUGUCUUCGUGGAUCUGUAUGGAGUAGAUCCGCAUGCUGCUCCUUCGGUGUUAAGUGGAUAGAACCCCUCCUCAUCAUGAUUUAGCUAACUAGAUGUAUAGAGGACAAGCUUACGAUCGAGCUGGUUAAUGCACAUGCUACUACCCUGGUAUCAAAGCACAAGACCUGUACACCGAAGUUUGGGGAGCUUUUCGCACGUUUCAUUAAAAAUCUCCAGCGCACCGGCUAUCCGAGAGGCUAUCUUUUUGGGUUCACAGAGGACGUGGAUAUCUUGG